AUCUCAAACUGUACUUAUUCUGGAAACAAUUUAAAUGUAAAGCUAUAGUUCAGUACUAAUGGAACCUAAGAAAAUUUAUAUGAAAGAGAAGCACGAAUGUAAACUAUGUGGUAAAUCCUUCAGCCGGAAUGCUAAUCUUAUUCAGCAUCAAAGAAUACACACUGGAGAGAAACCUUAUGAAUGCAAUGAAUGUGGAAAAGCUUUUAGUCAGAGCCCUAAUCUUAUUCAACAUCAAAGAGUCCAUACUGGGGAGAAACCUUAUGAGUAUAAUGAAUGUGAAAAAACCUUUAGUCAUAGGUCAUCCCUUAGAAAUCAUGAGAGAAUUCAUACUGGAGAAAAACCCUAUCCUUGUGAUGAAUGUGAGAAGGCUUUCAGCCAUAUUUCAGCCCUUACUCAGCAUCACAGGAUUCAUACUGGAAAGAAACCAUAUGCAUGUAUUGAAUGUGGGAAAACCUUCAGCCGGAGCACACAUCUUAUUGAACAUCAGGGAAUUCAUUCUGGGGAGAAAUCGUACCAGUGUAAGGAAUGUCGGAAAGUUUUUUGCCAUAGCACAUCACUAAUCCGACAUCAGAGAACUCACACAGGAGAAAAGCCCUAUAAAUGUAAUGAAUGUGGAAAAGCCUUCAGUCAUACUCCAACCUUCAUUCAACAUCACAGAAUUCAUACUGGAGAGAAACCCUAUGAAUGUAAUGAAUGUGGAAAGGCCUUCAAUCGGAGUGCACAUCUUACUGAACACCAGAGAACUCAUACUGGAGAGAAACCUUAUGUUUGUAAGGAAUGUGGAAAAACCUUCAGCCAAAGUACACACCUUACUGAACAUCUAAAAAUUCAUUCUGGUGAGAAACCCUAUCGAUGUAAUCUAUGUCAAAAACUAUUUUGCUAUAGAACAUCACUAAUUCGACAUCAGAGAACUCAUACAAGAGAGAAACCCUACCAGUGUGAUGAAUGUGGGAAAUCUUUCAGCUUAAGCCCAGCUCUUACUAAACAUAAGCAAACACACACAGGGGAGAAACAUCAAUGUAAUAAAUGUAGUGACGUUUUCUGUCAUAGUACACCUUUAAUUCAUCAUCAAAGAACUCAUUUUAGAAAUGUAAUCCUAUCAGAGUAA